AAAGCAAGGACCUCACCCCAACACAGACCAUAGCCAUCUGGCUGGCCUGUUAAAAAAUUUACAAAUCCACCCCUCCAAGUUCUUUUUCUUUCAUCUUCUCCCUCCAAUCUCUCCUUUUCCCCUGAUAUCCGAUUAUCUGUCCGUUCAUUCGUCAGAAAGCCUACUUGCCAUGGGAGAUUAUGGUCGGAUUUCUGUUCAUGACGCUCUUGGAGGCGGCGCAGUUGCUGAUAUAUUGUUAUGGAGGAAUGUGUACGGAGGAGGAGUUGUUGUAAUCGUUUCCACAAUCUUCUGGUUUCUGUUUGAAAGAGGAGGUUAUAACAUCGUGGCAUUCGUCGCUAACAAUCUGCUGCUUUUGGUUGUUAUACUCUUUUUCUGGGCUAAAUCUGCAACCCUUCUCAAUAGACCUCUGCCUCCGAUUCCUGAAUUGGACAUAUCAGAGGAAUCAGUUCUUAUUGCUGCCGAUGAGAUGCAAGUGUGGAUAGAACAUGCCUUUUCAGUUGCGCAUGACAUUGCAAUUUCUGGAAACUUGAAAACUUUGAUUGCGGUUGUCUCUAGCUUGUGGCUGAUUUCUUAUGUUGGUAGCUUUUUUAACUUCCUUACGCUGAUCUAUAUCGGGAUACUUCUGAGUUUAUCAAUGCCUUUUUUAUACGACAAGUUCCAAGCGCAAGUUGAUGAGAAGUUAGUUAUAGUGCGUAAAAUCACCAAUUUUAUCUUCAGGAAGGCAGACAUCAUCUUACAAAUGAUCCCAUUAACACACAACAAGCAAAAAACUCAGUAGCCGAUAUGUACAUAAAUCGAAGGUUUCUUGCUAGGGAUGCUUGAGGUCUAUGCCUAAUAUCAUGGUAACACAUCUAGCAAAAGUGCUUCUAAUUUGGGUGUGUGAAACUCAAUUUCUUGGUAUUUUUUGGUCAGUGCAAUCUUUCGGCUAGCGGUAUGUAGUGAUGGUAGUUUUUUCUAGGCUGUGAAAAUUGUGAAUGCAAGAUAUAUUUAUGAUUAUUUUGGGGGGAUGAUUGCCUUUUCAAUUGUCUACUUGUAUGGUCAAUUUCAUUUCAUUAACUAAUUAUGUUUUGGAAUAAGUUUUCAUGUUAAGAUUGUUUAUUUGUUUA